UUAUAAGGAAAUUUUUAACGUAUAAAGAAAGCGUCCUUAACAUGUUGAUCAGCACUGCCGGUCUGCUCUACAGCUUCCUCAAUGAAGGCCCUCUGUUUAUCCGUGGUUUGUCUCAUCGUAGGUGUGCACGGGUCGAAACGAAAUGGAGAUGGCGCUCUUAUUUCAAGAAGCAUCUCAGGUCGUAGAAGCUUCAUUACACUCAGAUGUCCUUCCGGUCACGUGUUUUCAAAUGUGAAGUUCAGACUAGAUUCCAACAUCUCAAAUACCACCUCAAAGGGCAGUAAAUGUUGGAAGAGGAGCUCGAAGGCACAGAGAAGGUGCCGAUGGAAGCAAAAAUGUAGGAUAGACACCAAGAUAAGAACCGGCGACUGCAAAGCCUCGGCCAUUCAGCUAUCUAAUCUUCAGUGCAUCCCAGAAGAUUCCGUUAUGGCUAUAUGCCGAUCGGACAAUGGCGCUGUUUGGAUAACCAAUUUCGGUCGUCUAAAAUCAGUCCAAGUAAAGGGAAAAUGUAGAAAAUUCCAAAGACAAAGGGCCUCAUUCAGAAAUCGACGAAAUGCAAAACACAGAAAAUCGCAUGUUGAGGGCGUAGUGACUCAGGAAAAGGGAAUGGUCCGGGAUCGUGUUGGAUGGCAGAAGAAGUCCUACCGUUUUUCCUGUCCAAAGAAAUCUUUAAUUUAUUCUCUUGACCUCUAUAUGUCUAACCUUCCCUCGUCAAAAAGAUCGACACAAUUAUGCAAAGGAAUAUCCCCACAACUUUUGAUACAAAAGAAUAAUUGUUUCUGGAAGAGGUCCUGCACGGUCAGCUGGCACGCACCACAAAUUUUUGCUACUUCCAAUAGAGUUGAUUGUGUAGGACUACAGGCACCACUCUUUAUUACAAAGGGACAUGAGUGUAUUCCGAAAAAGAAAAUCCAUGAUAUUUGUAACAAACGUAAAGUAAAUGGCAGAAAUGGAAUCCUUAGAAGCCAUGAUGAUUAUCCCUGGAAUUAUAGAUCCAAACAACAAAAUUGUAAAACGGCCAUCAAGAUUCAUCGAGAAGGGAGUUUGUACCUCCGAAUUCAUGACCUUGAUGUAGAUACCUCAUACGAUGAUUUUAGCAUCACACAUGUUCGGGGCAACCUCACGUGCACCUUAAGACAGUCUCUUGCAGAAAAAGGCGUUUGGCUCUAUGGUGGAGAAUUGAAUAUUUCUUUUAGAGUCACGGACAAUUCUAAAUCUGGCAGAGGAUUCAUCAUAUCCUACAAAAAUGUGAAAACAAAGGUCCCCCAUUCACCAGAAGGAAAGGACCACAUGUGUACUAAGAUUAUUAGGCAUUAGUAUUUCGUAUUUUUUCAACGUAAAAUUGCGCACAAUAUUCUCGAAAUCAAUAAGUUACAGAUUAUACUUAAAAUGUGUUUCUAUGAUUUAAUAAUCGCAAUCAUCAUGUACAAGUCAUUCAAACUAGUCAAUCUUAUACAUGUAAUCAACAACUCAUAAUUUACAUCUCUAACUUCCGUUUGAAACACGUUGUGUUAAUUAUGAAAACAACUAACUGA